AUGUACAUACAUAUAUACAUACAUAUACAAAGGUCUCAAGCCUUGCACACCAUGGGCAAUGUCAUGGGCAACAUCGUGUUGAAGAAAUUGACUCCCGCCGAGCUCUACAAUAAGCUUCAGGACACACGAGAACUGCUCCUGGUGGUCGAUGUGGACAAAGAAGAUCAUGCUGAUGACGUCGGCGAGAUCUUGGAGACUACAGAACUCAACUUCAUGUCACCGCAGCUAUGCAAGAGGCUUCUUCGCAAGGUUAUGGUGAAUCGCCGCGCUAGAGGUUGGACCAUCGCGGUGCUGGGUCGCGAGGGUCGCCAGGCCCGAGCAGCAGAAGGUCUCUACAAAUGGAUUUCCGCCAAUGGCUUUGGUUUCACCCGGGACGAGACCAAGCGAAGUGACUCCUUAGUGAAAGAAGUCUGUGAACUUGCUGGCAGUACUGAAGACUUUUAUCGGUCCUUUCCGUUUCUGCAUGAAGGUCAUCCAUUUUUCGAACUUGGACGUUUAUAUCCUUCGCUGGUGGCUACAGCAGAUGAUGGUAGGGUUUUCCUCAGCAACUUUGGAGUUGCCAGCGACCCGCAUACCUACCAUGCCCUGGGAAUCCACUACGUGGUGAAUUGCUCAAGAGAUUUACCCUUUGUUGAUGAUGUGGUGUCUACUUUGCGCUCCAAGCCGCGAGACAAGAGCUCUUCAAUGCUUGAGGACACAGUCCAGAAACCAAUCAAAGCCGACCUCGAUGUACAGCUUGCAGCAAGACUCCGGGUGCCUGUGGAUGAUUCGAGCGACGUUCAGAUUUCGGAACAUUUUGCGGCGAGCGUGAGAUUUAUCGAAGAGUCCUUGCAAAAGAAAGAUGGCCAUGUCUUGAUUCAUUGCAAGCAUGGACAAAGCCGUUCAGCCACCAUCGCAGCUGCGUAUUUGUUGCACAAAGCAAAAGGGCAAAGUUCCCAAAGGGCAACUGUGGAUGAGGUUCUUGCAGAGCUCAAGAACUGUCGGCCAAGAGCCAGUCCAAAUCUCGGAUUCUUGCGGCAAUUGCACGAGUUUUCGGAAGGAGGCGAUUCUGAGACGAGAAUAGACUAG